GUUCACUCAGCAUUAGGCAGGAAGACAACACUGAGCACGGCAUGCAGGAGAAGUAUUGAGCAGGGACGAUGGCAAUAAUCCGGUUGAGGAGAAGCUUUUUACGGGCCAUCUUACUUCAUGAAGAAGAUGAUGUGUUUACUAGUUGCUCACCACCAGAGACGGUGUCGUCGUCAGGCCACGGCCGCUCCGAGUCUCCGGUCUACACCAACCUGCAGGAGCUGAAGAUCACCCAGAGCAGCCUCCCCCCCGCCCCCUCCAGCUCCCCCCUCCACGUGCUGGGAGACUGGGAGACCUACAAGGACCAGAACGGCCGCCACUUCUACUACAACCGCUCCACCCAGGAGAGGACCUGGAAGCCCCCCCGAGCCAGAGAGCCGAGCACCGGGAGCUCCAGAGGAGAGAGCCUGAGCGCCGGAGAGAGCUCCGAGACCACUCCCCUCUCGCUCUCGCCGUCUUUCCUUCCCUUCCUGUCGCUCUCCAUCGGUCGGCUGCAGCCUCUGUCAUCGGAGGACUUCAGUACCUACUCUAGCCAAUCAGACAGUCAGUAUGGCUCGCCGCCGCGUGGUUGGUCGGAGGAGAUGGACGAGCACGGCCACACGCUGUAUGUCAGCGACCAUACCAACGAGAAGUGGUUAAAACACGUGGAUGAGCAGGGCCGACCGUAUUACUACAGUGCCGACGGGUCGCGGUCAGAAUGGGAGCUGCCGAAGUUGAACCACUCCCUCCCCCUGCCUGGAGACGCUCCCAAGAGUCGGAGUCUGGACCGGAGAAGCGUCGAGCCCAUCGUCCUCACCAAGUGGAGACACAGCACCUACGUCCAAGACCCCAACGACAAGCGGCUGAUAAAAACCCGGCGUUUCCGCGCAGGCUCUGCCCGCCAACACCCGUACAAACACCAAGACGCUCCUCUGAGCCCAAAGCCCUCCACUCCAGACUCUGACUCCUGCCCUUCGUCUCCCAAGCCCCCCUCCAGCCCUCUGAUAAAGUGCGGCGUUCUGAAUGUGACAAAGAUCACCGAGCACGGCAAGAAAGUACGGAAGAACUGGACUUCCUCCUGGACGGUGCUGCAAGGAUCCUCGCUGCUGUUCACCAAAAACCAAGGAGGCGGGACCAGCUGGUUCGGAGGCGGUCAGUCUACGCCAGAGUUCACUGUGGACCUGAGGGGGGGCUCGGUGGAGUGGGCCUCCAAGGACAAAUCCAGCAAGAAGCACGUUAUAGAGGUGAAGACUCGGCGGGGCACCGAGCUGCUGAUGCAGUCGGAUAACGACGGGCUCAUGAGCGACUGGUACCGAGCGCUGCUGGACACCAUCAGCACCCAUGAGUCUGAUGAGGCCAUUGAAGAGGACAUGCUGGAGUUGCCCGGUGCAGAGAAAGAACAGAGAGACUCAAAGAAAGGCCGAGCCAUGAAGACGUCCAGCAGCAUGGACGCCUCGGACAACAAGAAGACGAGACACAAGCUGAAGAAGUUCCUGACGCGCCGGCCCACUCUGCAGGCCGUCAGAGACAAGGGAUACAUCGAAGAUCAGGUGUUCGGCUGCAGUCUGUCCACUUUGUGUCAAAGAGAGAACGGCUCCGUGCCAAUCUUUGUCACGAUGUGCAUCGACCACGUGGAGGACAAUGGUCUGUGUGUAGACGGGCUGUACAGAGUCAGUGGGAACCUGGCUAUCAUACAGAAACUACGCUUUGCUAUCAAUCAUGAUGAGAGGGUGAACCUGUCAGACUCCAAGUGGGAGGACUUCCAUGUGAUCACUGGAGCGUUGAAGAUGUACUUCAGAGAGCUGCCGGAGCCUCUCUUCACCUACGCUCUCUUCCACGACUUCAUCAGCGCAAUCAAGAGUCCAGACUACAAGCAGCGGGUUCAGUCCAUUAAAGAUCUGGUCCGACAGCUUCCCGUCUGCAACCACGACACCAUGCAGACUCUCUUCAAGCACCUCAGGAAGGUGAUCGAGCACGGCGAGGAGAACCGUAUGACCACUCAGAGCGUGGCCAUCGUGUACGGCCCCACGCUGCUGCGCCCCGAACAGGAGACGUGGAACAUCGCGGUCCACAUGGUGUACCAGAACCAGAUCGUGGAGCUCAUACUGCUGGAGUACGAGAACAUUUUCGGCAGGUAGAGAGAGACGCUGGAGGACGAGCCUCUUGUUUUUCUCUCUCACUCUCCCAACGCAGAGCUCUUCCUAACCCAGCGUGGCCCUGCCGAACACAGCCUGGCUCGGCUCGGCUCGGCUCAGCUUCUCUUCCUCUCAAAUUGUAGUCACUGGCUUUCUCCUCUCGUACAACCUCCGGACCAAAGCUACGCAAAUGUGUCAUAAACCAAACCAUAGAUGUAUCGAACUAGCGACCAAGAAACAGGUUUGCACUUUUCAGUAUCUCAUGUUCUCCUGCAGCUGCGUUUGUGCCACUUUACUGCAAUAGUUGGCGUCCAAAUGUCCGACACUGGAUUCCUAAUACAGGGCCAUAAACGCCUCGUCUACUGCACAGAGACCAAAGCAUCAGUUGGCUGGAAGUAAGAAGGAGGCGUCAGUAUUGGAGGUUGGAGACCGGACUGUAUUGUAUAACCUGUCACCACUCCUGUAAGAACCACACUGGGGAACCAAGAGA